AUGGAGAACGAUACAGAGGUGACUGAGUUCAUUCUUGUGGGGUUAACCGAUGAUCCAGACCUUCAGAUCCCACUCUUUAUCAUCUUUUUGUUCAUCUACCUCAUCACUCUGGUUGGGAACCUGGGGAUAAUUGGGCUGAUUCUAUUGGACUCUCAUCUCCACACCCCCAUGUACUUUUUCCUCAGUAAUCUCUCCUUGGUGGACUUUGGUUAUUCCUCAGCUGUCACUCCCAAGGUGAUGGCAGGAUUCUUAACAGGAGACAAAGUUGUGUCAUACAAUGCUUGUGUUACCCAGUUCUUCUUCUUUAUAGCCUUUAUCACUGUAGAAAGCUUCCUCUUGGCAUUAAUGGCCUAUGAUCACUAUGUAGCAGUGGGUACACCGCUGCAUUAUACUACCACCAUGACGACAACUGUAUGUGCUUCUCUGGCCAUAGGCUCCUAUGUCUGUGGUUUCCUGAAUGCCUCCAACCAUACUGCGAACACUUUCAGGCUUUCUUUCUGUAGGUCCAAUAUAGUUGAUCACUUUUUCUGUGAUGCUCCUCCUCUCCUGUCUCUCUCAUGUUCAGACACCUACAUCAGUGAGAUGGGCUUUUUUGUGGUGGGAUUCAAUGUUCUCUUUUCUAUCCUGGUAAUCUUGAUUUCCUACCUGUUUAUAUUUAUCACCAUUGAAGGGCGCCAGAAGGCCUUUUCCACCUGUACUUCCCACCUCACAGCAGUUUCCAUCUUCUACGGGACAGGCAUUUUUAUGUACUUACAACCGAGCUCCAGGCAUUCCAUGGGCACUGACAAAAUGGCAUCUGUGUUCUACGCCGUAGUCAUUCCCAUGCUGAAUCCUCUGGUUUAUACCCUGAGGAACAAAGAGGUUAAGAGUGCCUUUAAGAAGACUGUAAGGAAAGCAAAGUCUUCUAUGGGAUUCAUAUUUUAA